GAUAAUUUACCGUAGAGAUUGUCAUGAAGAAAGUGGUAUAAUGCUGUUGUAGGAUGGCUGAUUGGACAAGGAAAGAAUUAAGAGAAAUGGAAACUGAUACAUUGACCAAUGUGGACUUGAUGGUAUUUUCUAGAUCUUCAGGAGAAGGAGAACAGUAUGAGGAUUGUUCUAGAAAUUCUAAGCUUGCCAAUAUAAGAUCAGUCAGCGUGUACACCUAUUAUGACAUUUUGGAGGAACUUGGCCGUGGUGCUUUUGGAGUAGUGCAUCAGUGUGUAGAGAAGGACAGUGGGAGGAAGUAUCUCGCCAGGUUUAUCCGCACUCCUUACCCAGUUGAUAAGGCCACG